CAUCUGCGUGCGUCCUUGGCUGACAGAAUAAAAGCAGGCCGAGCCAAGAGGAAGAAGAGGAAGAGCACAGCGUUCAUAUGAGAACAACAAUGACACAACUAAGGAUGUGUCCUGCAUGGGUGUUGGUGUAUGUGGUUCUGGUGGGUUGGUCCAGAGGAACCGUCAGCCAAUGUUGGGACCAAUCAGACUGCCAGGGGUCGGACUCGGCGAGAGUAUUGGUAAACCUCAACAUCGGUCAUCCUGUCUGUAGCAUCGAUGUACUGAAUGGUGUUUGCAUCACUCCCCGUCUACAGCUGUGCCAAGCGGACCUCAGAGACACUAACAACGGCCAACUCCGGCUUCCUUCUCCGCCGGACUCCUCUUCCUCUUUACCCGCCAAGCGCUCGUAUUCCAUGGAGCACUUCCGCUGGGGGAAGCCCGUUGGCCGAAAACGCCGCCCCGUCAAAGUGUACACCCCCAACGGAGUGGAGGAAGAGUCCUCUGAGGUGUUUCCUGCUCUGAUGAGGCGAGAUGUAACCAACGACCCGCUGACAGGAGCAGAGGAGGAGGUGCCAGUGGCCGAGGAGGUGAUGGAGGAGCAGGUCCUGGAUGGUGUCCAGAAGAAAGACGGUUCCUACAAGAUGAAGCACUUCCGCUGGAGCAGCCCCCCCGCUAGCAAACGCUAUGGCGGCUUCAUGAAGAGCUGGGAAGACGGCAAGCAGAGGCCAUUGGUCACGUUUCUCAAAAACGUCAUCAACAAAGAUGGACAGAUGCAGGAGUGACACACGCAAUGACCACUGUAAAUGAAUGAAGUUAUAUAUAAAGUUUCUGCAAACAAA